ACUGUGGGCUUCCACUGUCUAUAUAUUUUCGUGAAAAAUUUCCCCCUCUUAUUCAUUUAUAACAUAAAAACGAGACAAUUAUAUUUUCUUUUCUGCAGGGACAACCGACGGUUAUAGUUUCACUUUAUGCAACCAUAUGCAACUUCAGACAAUUUGACUAUUUGAUUAAAAUUUUGACUUUUAGGACAAUCUCCAAACUUUUAUGAUGCAACGAUGUAGCCUAGGAUCUCUCACUCGUAUAGUAUUUCUACCCCAGAAAUGUCAUACAAGGUCUUUUUGGGAGUAUGUAAACAUGAUGUUCAACAAACCAGAUAUGCACCGCAUAAAAACUGUGGGUCCAGAUAGAGCAUGUGCCGAAUGGGUGUUAAAAAACGGCGGUAAAGUAACAUGGGCAGAUGGCAAGAAACAGUCAGACUAUAAUUUAUUACCUCCAGAUGAAAUUAAAACCCCAAAAUUGUUAGAAAUUGAUGGUACAGAUUCAUCAAUAUCACAUUAUGGGUUUUCCCAUUUAGAAGGAUGUACAAUGUUAAAGAAAAUAGUAUUACACAAUAAUAAAUACAUUGAUGACAGAGCUCUUAAGGGGCUAUCAUAUGCCAAAGAUGUGUUAACAUUUGUUCAAGUAUCUAAAUGUAUAAAUGUGACCGACCCAGGUUUGAAGGAAAUGAUUGUAUUAAGAAACCUUAAAACUCUUGUAUUAUAUGAUCUUGCUAGUGUUGAGAAUUUGGCCGAUUGCAAACAAUUUUUGGGUUCAGGAUUACCAAAUUGUCAAAUAACAGAUAUAAAGAUAACUCAGUGGCAUUUGAGAUCACAUCUUUCCUCUAUGUUCAACAUAGUAUUUUAUGGGGAUACAAAUAAAAGUAUCUUUGUAUAUGGGAUGCAAUUAAGUGCAUAUUUUACAUUUCAGGAGAGACGGAAAAUGUGACAAUCUAAAAAUCACCAUAAAACCAAUGAAACAAUCAUGAACAUGUAAUAUAAUAUAUUAAAUACAAUUAUUUUGUGCA